UUUCAGCGCCGGCCGCGUGUCCUUGAAGCGGCGGCGGUGGCUCCCCGUGGGGUCCGUGGCGCUCACGGCCGGUCGCCCGCACCCUGGAGCCUCCCGGUCACAUGCAGCAGGGAGACGAGGUGCUUCUCCUUUGGCCACCUGCUGAUCCAAUCCCGCGUUUCCUCCUUUCCUAGGCAUCGCUCUGUUCUGGGGAACAACUGUGAGAACUCUUCCCGAUGCCCUCAGAACAUGUCUGAUUGGACAAGCCUGUGGUAUGUCUGGUUGAUCUUGCUGACAGUGUUCCUGCUCCUGCUCUGUGGGGUCUCAGUGAGCUGCAUCAAAUUCUGCUGCCGGAAGAAGAGGCUUCCAGUGGAGACCUUCCCUCGGCACCCUUGUGACUUGACAGUGAUUGGCCUUGACAGUGACAGCACUGCCCACAGCACAGUGACCUCAUAUAGCUCAUGGCAGUACCCUCCAAGUGUCCAGAUUCCCUCGGUAUUUGUGGAUAUGGAAAAGAACACUGUGUCCCCUCCAGCUUACAGCCUCUAUGCUAUGGACCUGCCACCUUCCUAUGAUGAAGCUGUUCAAAUGGGAAAGCAAGUGGCAUGGACAAACCAGAAACUUAAUGACAUCCCUGAACAGGUGACACCAGGUGGGCUGAAUCUCAGCCAGUCCCCACCUGACACAAUCAAUAGAGAUCCAGCAACACAGACAAAGUCAGAAGAUUCAGAAGAUGCCAGAAAAGAACAGCCACAAGUCUGACUCAGUUCAGACAGGGAGUAAAGUAAGGGAAGGACAGUAAGAGUUAAAGAAGAUGUGAAGAGUUUGGGUUUAUUAGUAGGUUAUGAUAGAAAGAUGUUUCUUUUCAUGCCCUUGUAAUAUUUGUCAGAAGAAAUGUUUUCUGUAACUGCUGUAAUCCCCUGGUAAAGCUUCUUCAUGGAUAUGAAAUGAGGUAAAAGAGCAGCAGUUUAAAAAUGCCUGUAAAAGUGGGAUGUGAAUGUAUGUUCAUCUGAUAAAAAAAAUUGUUCCUUGUGUCCAGCAAUAAAAAAGGUCAGGAGAAUUUUGCCACCUUGGGAAUACACACUCAGAACAGUACAAACAGGAAGUUGUUGUUCUAGAACAGAAGUUUCCCAAGCUGGAAUUGAAGGGGGAAUCCCAGCAAGUGACACUGAAUAGCCUCUGUAGUUUCUCUUCUUUUGAGAACAUCAACUGCCCAGGAAACUGCUGAGGACAAAGUGAUGCACAAUAGUUCAUGUUCCUCAAGGAGCAGAAAGAUGCCAGGACAGGAGAGUGUGGAGGGAGUUGCUUUUUCACAGGGAGUGAGACAGAUGUGACACGACACUUAUGUGGUGGUAGUGGUGGUCAUGAGACCCCAAGGGAUUGUUUUUGAGGUUCUGUAAAUCUUUCCAUUUCUAUUUCCAAGAUAUGUUGCCUUGUGGGUGGGUUCCCUUUGCUAUUUAUUUUUAUCAGAUAAAGUACACAUUAAUUCCAAAGAGACACUUGCACACAUGGUUAGGUACUACUGAUGUGUUUCAAAUAUUCAUCAAAUAUUUCAAAGAUAUUUUGCUAUCUGCUUAGGUGUCAGGGUCUAAGACAGCACAGGGAAGAAAAAUCAUGGGUUCCUGACAGCUUUUACCAGUUCAGAACAUGGACAAGCUCAGGAAUGAGCAGGGUGACACAAAACAUGCUUGUGCUGAGCCAUCCAGAGUAAGUUAGAGAUACAAAUACCACAGUACAUGCUGGGAAAAAGUUCAAAGAAAUUACUCUUAGGGAUGGUUCUUUGUGCAGUACUGAUAGAGGGAUAACUGCUGAGCAUUAUUUUAGAGCUGGGAACUUGGAGCUGAUUACAGCAGUCGCAGCCCAGACAAAAAUAUGGGCUCCAGAGGCAGGGUUUUUAAUGCCAGCUCUUUCCCUUGCCCCUCCAUAUUCCAAAUAGUCCAAAUUUUGUCCACUCCUGAGCAGUGAUUUUCUUUGAAUCCACUUCAGCAAGGUGCUAAUCUGGCUGCUUUAAGAACAUGAGCAAUUGACAGGGUGGCUCAGUGCUCUGGGUAAGAGCAGCAAGUAAAGCCUGAGAGCCCAGUGAAUAAAGCAUAAAUUUAGGUGUCUGUCAUUAACAGGCAGUAGAAGUGGUGGGCACAAAAGCCUGCACAGCUUUUAGAAGACUGUUAUUCUCUGACAACCAUUACUGCAAGAACUGCCCUGGGAAUGAGCACUAAUGAUUGAAAAAUGAAGAUCUCUGCCAGACACAGGCCCAAGAUGCUGCUGCAGAGUCGUGUGUGAGCUGUCCAUGAGUCUGACUCCCCAGGAGAGGGUCGCUUCUAUAUUUAACUUGCAUGUAACGUACUAUGAGGGUUGACUGGUAUAACAAAUCUGCUUCUCUUGUUUCCUCUCUGUCAUCCUUCAUUAUAAUUCUCCUGUUUUAUUCUUUCCUCUGCUUUCUUUAUCUGUGUCAAGAUGGAAGAUGGGCAUAAACCAGGGUAACUAUUUGGAUGUCUCUGGCUGGAAGGGCAAUAUAUGCCUCCUCCUGGAUGUCUCCAAGUCAUAAAUACAGUAAACGUAUUUUUAUUUAUUGAACUUUUCCACAGUACUCAGAAAGAAGCCUCUGCCCUUCCAAAGAAGGAAUUUGUGUUGGAGGGAAAUGGUUGAGCACUCACUGACAAAUAGAGAUGGGAAUUCAAAGCCAGGCGAAUGAAAGAAUUGUGACUGACACAAGAGGGCAGCCCCUCACUUCUCGCUGUGUGCAAAGGAUCAUCAUCGGCACCGGCGGGGAAGGGAUCGAGCUGGCUGCAGGAGCACGGGGAGCCAUCGCACCGUUCCAAUUCCCUGCCCUCUGUGCCUCGGCAGCGCCUGGCACGGGACCUGCCAAACUGACAGGUCUGUUCUGUUUGCUCACAGGAGAUGCAAAAGCCCAAGAAAACCCCAAAUGCCUGUGCAUACUAGGAAUAAGGGCAUAAUCUGCUCUUUCCUUUCUAGCACCUAAGGAAAAGUCUUGUGUUUGCCCAGGCCUUGUAACGUAGUUCAUGAAUUCAGAAAUUGUUAACAGCAACUCAGCCCCAAUCAGCCCUCAGAACAGACUUCCCCCUGCACACCAAAACCAGCUCAGCUUUCAGUGUAACCUUCACAGUUAGGAAAUUAUUAAGGUCUUUCUUGUGACUGGCCUUCUCCAGAGCCUGCUAAGGGCGACCCCCAUGCUGGAGUUCUUGCAAUGGAGGGUUGAAGAGAUCCCUCAUCUCUACACAGCUCCUGGUUCAUGGAACAGUUAGAACUUCACAUUUUUGAAACCUACAGUUCUCUAUCGCUUUGCUUGAAAUUGGCCAGUGGAUUCAGAAGUUAUUAGUUGGGUAUGCAGAGUGGAAGGAGGGGAAGCAGGGCAUGGAUUUAGAGUUUGUGAUUCCAAAGCCUUGCUCCCAGAAGAAACCAGGUUUAAAAAGAAGACCAGGGGGGAGAUUAUAGGUUUGACCUGAUGCAGGAUCUAAGAAUUCUGAUUUGUCAGUCUGGUGGUUUUCACCAUCGCUAGGUCUAUUCAAGUCUGAUUAUAUACACACAAGCUUUGUGACAUCUCUAAGGGAAAAGCCCCUCUCUGUAAUUACCCAAAGUGCAUUUUUAAUUGUGAUUUAUAUUUGGUCCUCAGUUUGGCACUGUUCAGCAUGCAAUUUUUCUUCUCUCAUUUGUUCAAAAUGAUCAUUUUGUCAGUUAUUUUCUUCUGUUCUUUGCUGGCUGUCUGAAAGAGUCUGUGCUGGGGAGAUGGACUGCUGAGGUUGGAGCCUCCAUCACUUUCUCUCCUCUCACACACAUGCACUCAGCAUGAGGACUUGUGCUCAGAAAGAAAACACAGCCGUGGAAGUAAAUUUCCUGAAAAAUUAAUGGGCUUUAUAACCCAGAGCAAAUUAUACCUUGGCUCUGUCAUGAAAUUCAGGCUGCAAAUCCCCUUAUAGCCAAGCUUGUUAACAAUAUAAGUAGAGUGGUACCUCUAGAAUGGCUUUGAUAAUUGAUGCAUUAUAAUCUUUGGAGAGUAUUUAGUGGCAAACCUGCAGCAUCCAGACUGAGGCAUCAGUGGGGUCUGGAUACAGGAAAAAUGAGAAAAGUAAUUUCUUUGUCUGCCUCACAGUUGCCUUUGUCUGCCUCACUAGCCUAAAUAGCUCAGGUUUGGCUGCUUUGUUUUCUAACUGCAUUUUUUCUUUAUCAGCUGCAGUUUUUGAGGGAAAAAGAUCACUGCUGCUGCUGGUAUGGAUGAGUGGGACACUUGGACACGUGCAAAACCUGCUCAUUUAUGGAAGAAAAUGUCUCUGCCUCAACCACUCUUCAUACUCUUGGCUGUCUCCUGGUUCUGAUCCUAAUCCUCUUUACCUGUUAGAACUCUUUUUGCUUAGGGAGACACUGACUAAUUUUGGUGCAAGUAGCAAAGGUUCUUUCCUUCACCCACAGUUAAAAUUCAAACUGCAAGAGAAGCCUUGGAAUCCUUUUCAGAGCAGACAAUGAAAACAAAGUAUCAUGGGGGAAUUGUGCUCUAAAAACUGGAGAAGACAAUAAAUGUUUUAUGAAAUUCUACAUCCUAAGGUCAAACACAAUGCACAAAUAAGGCUUAGGUGCAGACCCACACUGCUGGGAAAACAUUUUGUUCCGGUCAGUUAAAAUUUAGAAUAUAAAUGCCAGAGCUGCUCUCUUUAUUUUACUGGAAGGAAAAAGAGGCCUGUAGAAAAGAAUGCAGACUUUCAAAGAUAUUUCAUUUCUUUUGUUAAAAUAACAAAGUUCACCUUGGGCACUUGGAGAA